GAAGACACGAUACAGUUGGAUUUUGCGGAACUAUUUUGUGCGAUUUUUGGCUUAGUGAGAGUAGAUCAAUCAUCAAGCAGUUUGUCGCCAUGGCGUCGAGGCGAGAGGAGCGGGCUGAGGCGGAGGCUAGGAAGGCUGCGGACGAGCUCUCUGCCAGCCGCAGCGAUCGCGAGCAGCGGCGCCGGGCUGAUCUCGAGCGCGAGGAGUUGCUUUUACAGACGCAGCAGCACGGCCAGACCGCCGAGGAGCGCCGCGGUGGUGUCCUAGAGAGCCUCAAGGAGGGAACUAAGUCCCUCUUCGGCGCGAUCACCGGGAGGACUCAGGAAGCCUCGGAGAAGACUGCGGAGAAGGCAGGGGAGACCAGGGACGCCGCCUUGGGAAAGGCCAAGGAGACUAAGGAUUCGGCGGUGGAGAAGGCGGGCAAGACGAAAGACGCCGCCUGGGAAAAGACCAAGGAGACUAAGGAUUCGACGGAGGAGAAGGCGAGAGAGAUGAAGGACGCUGCUGCACAGAAAACAGAGGCGGCGAAGGAGAAGAUGGGGGAGUACAAGGACUCGGCAGUCAACACGGCUAAGGAGGCGAAGAACCAGAUGGUGGGGAAGGCGGCGGAGUACAAAGAUUACAUAUCCGAGAAGGCAAGGGAGGCAAGAGACACUACCGGCGAGAAGGCGGGGGAGUACAAGGAGUCGGCAGAGGAGAGGGGAAGGCAGGCGGCUGAGAAGGCGAGGGAGACCAAGGACUCUGUAGCGGAGAAGACCGACAAGACGACGUCGCAAGCAGCUGACAAGACAAGGGAAACCAAGGACACGGCUACUGAGAUGACAAAGGAGGCGGCAGAGUCUGCCAAGCAGAAACUGGAGGAGUACAAGGACGCCGCGGCUGAUGCCGCUCGCAAAGCACGAGAUUACUUAGCAGGAACAGGGGAAGUGACGAAGGAGAAGUUGGCGGAGGCAGAGGACAAGGCGAGGGAGAAAAUGGAAGAGGCCAAGCGAGAGGCACGCCGCGAAAAGGAAGAGGAAGAAAGGGAAAGAGAAGAAGAGGAGCGGCGGCGGUCGGUGCACGAGGGGCAGGAGAAAGAGAGCGGAGGUGGGCUGGUCAGCGCAAUAGGGAGCGUGGCCGAGUCGAUCAAGGAUAAGCUUUCGUUAUCCAAGGAGGAGGAGGAGGAGGAGGAGCGGCGAGAGCCGGUGAAGAAAGAAGACGCGACGGUAGUCUGUCCGGCGGUAAAGGAAAGGGACGACGAUGUAAUGGUGCGAGUGAAAGAGGCGGACCAGUCGACGGGGCAGUGGUUCAAUGACGUGGGGAAGUUGGGCGAAGAGGGGACGGGACCGCCGGCGCUCCACGACGGGAGACAUGGGAAGUGAUCGCUUUGUUAACGUUGCACGCGCCGUUGCCUGUUUUUUCCUUUUCUUUGGACGUGUAAGAUAAUAAAAUCCAGUUUUUGUUGCGCACUUCGACUCAACAAAAUAAUAAGAGAUCCUCAUAGGAUCUUUCCAAUCGA